CCAUCACAUCGAAAUCCUUCUCAAUCUUACAACUUGUCAUCAUGUCGUCGCGGGCCGCCUUGAUCAUGGGGCUACUUGAACCUUUUAUUAGUAUGUAAGCGGCUGAUGCAUCUAUCUAAAGUCAUCGAAAUUCCUCCUCUUCCGUAUGAAUACUACCUAUCAAUACCCUUUUCCUUGCUGGAAUGUACAACUUUUUGCGAUCCAAGGUUACAUCUACUUGAACUCACUUGAUAAGGCCCAUCUAUUCCGCAUGAUACAUAUACAUCCUAUAGCCUGAGUACCAGUGAAGACCUGUUUUUCCUCUGCUUAAUUCCUACAUCUCUCACACCCCCUUUCCUCUUCCGUAUCGACAACCUUUGUUGUUGAUUCUGGGACAAGAAACAAAAAACAAUGUCUUCCACCAAAGUCGACCUUGCCGAAUACCUCUUCACCAGACUCCGUCAGAUCGGGGUCAAAUCCGUUUUUGGAGUGCCGGGGGACUUCAACCUCACGACAUUGGAUUACGUGGCACCGGCGGGCCUCGACUGGGUGGGAAAUGCCAACGAGCUCAACGCGGGGUACGCGGCCGACGGGUACGCCAGGAUCCGAGGGGUGUCCGCCCUCGUCACGACGGGCGGCGUGGGCGAACUCUCGACCAUCAAUGCCAUCGCCGGGGCGUACGCCGAGAUGGCACCGGUGGUCCACAUCGUGGGGACGCCCGCGACGCACAUCCAGGGCCAGGGGCUCUGCAUGCACCACACUCUGGGGGAUGGCAACUUUAGGCUCUUCGCCGACAUGGCGGCCAGGGUGACGGUGGCACAAACCAACCUCGUGGACGCCGACACGGCGGCGUCCGAGAUCGACCGGUGCCUGAGGACGUGCGUGAUGGAGAGUCGGCCGGUCUACAUCGAACUCCCCACCAACAUGGUCAAAGCCAGAGUGUCACGCGCAAGCCUCGGGAAGCCGCUCGACUUUUCGAUCGAGACCGACGAGGGCUUCGAAGACACCGAGGCCGACUUGAUCCUGAGCAAGAUCUACGCCUCCAAACAACCUUUUAUCCUCGUGGACGGUUUCACCUCGCGGUACGGCAUCAGCGCCGAGGCCGACGAGUUGGUCCGCGAGACCGGUUUCCCGACGUCGACCACGCCCUUUGGUAAGGGCAUCGUCAACGAAUCCUACUCCAACUUCUAUGGCAUCUACGCCGGCAUCGCGGGGCCUCAGGUCUACAUGCCUUGGGCGCGCGGGUGCGACUUGGUGCUGCGCCUGGGCCCGUUGAACAGCGACGUCAACACGUUCGGCUUCAGUACCAUCCCGGACCCGAAGACGUCCAUCACGUUCGAACGGGACAGCGUCGACAUUUGCGGGACGAGGUACCAAAACAUCCACGUCAAGCAUCUGUUGAGACGGGUGCUGUCCAAACUCGACAGGUCGUCGCUGCCCAAGUACACGCCGACCAUGGACCUGGGGGACCCCAAACAGAUCCUGGCGGACCUGCCACCGACCGCGGACGACGAAAUCAUCGCACACGACACCUACUGGCGACGCAUGUCGAACUUUUUCAGGCCCGGAGACAUCAUCCUCACGGAGACGGGCACGCCGAGCAUCGGCGGGCGUGACUUUGUCCUUCCACCUCACACGACUCUCAUCAACUCUUCGAUCUGGUUGUCGAUCGGUUACAUGUUGGGGGCCUGCGCCGGGGCCGCUCAAGCCCAGAGGGAUGGGAUGACGACGACGAUGACCGAUGAGGGUCUUGACGUUGUCGAGACGGCGAAGAAAGGACGUACGAUCCUUUUCGAGGGGGACGGGAGUUUCCAAAUGACGGCCCAGGCGGUCUCCGACAUGAUCCGGAACCGGCUCGACGUGAUUAUUUUCCUGAUCAACAACGAUGGUUACACGAUCGAGAGGUGGAUCCACGGGAUGAAGGCAGACUACAACGACUGUCAACCUUGGAGGUACCUGGAAUCGUUGGAUUAUUUCGGUGCCCCCAAAGAUGACCCUUCCUAUCCGGUACUGACAAAGAGGGCCGAGACUUGGGGUGAAAUGAACCUGAUCCUGGCGGACCCAACGGUACAAGCGGGUAAAGGUCUGACCAUGGUAGAGGUGGUGAUGGGAAAGGAGGAUGCUCCGGACGUACUGAAGAAGUUGGUCGAGAACGUGUCGAGGAGGAGCAGCGGGGAGUUUGAAAGGGGACCUACCACGAGGACGGGUGACAAGAAGGAGGCUCUCGUCAUUCCCACCCCGGACGAAAAGGCCAUGAAGGUCGCGGGAUAGGUCGUGGAACGGUCUAGAACCUUUUUCGACCCUCUUGAGAAAGGGAAGCCGGUUGGGAGAGUGUCGAGCAGUGUGUGUACGGUACCAGUACAAGUAUGGAGUGUGUUGCAUAUAUACAGAUACCGGACAAUAUGACUAUAGUAAUGAUAUACGUUUUGUACGGAGUGAUAAA